AUGGAAAUAGGAAAAGAAAAUGAAGGAGAAAUGGAGAAAUUAGCAAGCAACUCAUUGGUAUCAUCUGUGGACAGUCUUAGAGAAUCUCUGAUUCAUCUACAAGAGCACAUGGUUAAUGCUCUUACUCCUAGCGCUUCUACGUGUAACAUUCAUGUCAUGAUAGAGUUCCUAUUGAUUAUUCUUUCUGAUGUGCCCAAGGACGUUAUUCGUCAUGACAAAUUGUUUGUUCUCCUGGCACGUGUUAGAGAACUUACCGAGGAGGUAUUCGUUCUUUUUCGUAACUUAGAAGAGAAUAUGAAUGAAGCAAGUGCUGCAAAUCUAAACUUGCUGGAAAGUAUUGAACUUCUCAAGGAAGAUCUCAAGAAUGAUUUCUUAAAAGCCCGUGCAGCCUCGUCUCAGCUUCGCUUCCCCAGGAGUGAUGGACCGCUCUUCAUGACUCUUCUACUCACAAACUUAAAAGACUUGGUCAAUUCCAAUGCUUCUUCAGUUGCUUUGAUAAAAAAACAAAUUAAGCAGGUGAAGGAAGACCUGGAAAUCAUAAGAUCGUUCUUCGGGUAUGUUGAGCAAGAGUUGCAUAGAGAUCUUUGGACUCGUGUUCUAGAUUUGGCAUAUGAGGCGGAACAUGCCAUUAAAUCAAUUCUUGCCCAAGAUCAUGGUCUAUUACAACUCAUCUUCAUACUUCCUGAUACGGUUGAAAAGAUCAAGCUUGUCAAAAGAGAGGUACAAGAGAAGAUCCCCAAGAGCAGUGGUAUUAUUGUUGCAAACACUCCCAACAAGCCGGUUGAAAGAAGUUCAUCGAGUACAGUUGGUAAAAUAAUUGUAGGUUUUGUGGAGGAGAUAGAGUGGAUAAUUAGGAAGCUCACCAGCGGACCAGCUGAGAUAGAUGUCAUUUCCAUAGUCGGCAUGCCAGGGCUUGGAAAAACUACUUUGGCUUACAGAGUGUAUAAUGAUAAGUCCAUUGUUGAUCAUUUCGACGUUCGUGCUUGGUGCACAGUCGACCAGGAACGUAAUGAGAAAAAGUUGUUGCAGAAAAUUUUCAAUGAAGUUAUUGGUUUGAAAGAAAGAUUCAGUGAGGAUCAUGCCAUAGAUGAUGACAUUGCUGAUAAGCUGCGGAAACGACUAUGUGGAAAGCGGUACCUUAUUGUCUUGGAUGACAUGUGGGAUACUGCAACAUUGGAUGAGCUAAUGAGACCUUUUCCUGAAUUUCAGAAAGGAAGCAGAGUGAUUUUAACAAGUCGAAAAAAGGAAGUGGCUUUGCAUGGAAAAUGCCACAGUGAUCCUCUUUAUCUUCGAUUGCUAAGAUCAGAAGAAAGUUGGGAGUUAUUAGAGAAAAGGGUAUUCAGAGAAGAGCAUUGCCCUGAUGAACUUAAGGAUGUUGGAGAAAAGAUAGCUCGAAAGUGUGAUGGGCUUCCUUUAGUACUUGAUCUAAUCGGUGGAGUCAUUUCAAAGAAGGAAAAGAAAGAGGCUUUGUGGCAUGAAGUUCUGAAUAAUUUGAGUUCCUUUAUUUUUAAGGAUGAAGAGGAAGUGGUGAAGGUUAUACAAUUAAGUUAUGACCAUUUGUCAGAUCACGUAAAGCCGUGUUUGGUUUACCUUGCAAGUUAUCCAAAGGACAAAGAUAUAUGGAUCCCUGAGUUGAAAGAUUGGUUGAUUUUUCAAGGACUUGUGGAGCAGAUUGAGAUGAAAAGUGCAGAAGAAGUAGUGAAUGAGUUAAUUUCCAGUAGCUUGGUAAUAUCUUUCGAUAAUUCUAUUUUCAAAAUUCAUGAUCUUGUGCAUGACUUUUGUUAUAUAAAAUCUAGAAACGAAAAGUUGUUUGACUUCAUAAAAUCUAGAAACGCUCCGUUUUCUUCUUCUUCUGGUGUGAUGGCACAAGGAAUUACCAUUCGUUAUGAUCAACGUCUCUUUGAUUUGGAUGAAAAUUUUGUGGUGUUUAAUCCAGAAAAGAAGAAUCCUUAUGUUAAACACCUCCUCUCUCUGAAGGUCUUUAGCUCGAGGGUUUGUCUUCCCCUCAAGGGUCACCUAAAACAUUUGAGGCUUCUCAAAAGUUUGGAUUUGAAGGGCAUAACAUUGACAGAUUCUUCGCUAAAUGAAAUCGGUAUGCUCAUUCAUUUGAAGUACUUCAUCAUUCAGACUCAGGCUAACACUCUCCCUCCGUCAUUUUCAAACCUCUGCAAUCUAGAAACUCUGGUGGUGGAUCACUCGAAGUGA